GCGAUCUGCUGCAGUCCAUCACUGAUAUCUAAAAAAGUUGACCGGCUUGACAUGGAUCUCUCCCUUUUACCCAAGUUUUUGGACAGCUCUUUGGUCUAACUUCGUGCCGUCAUAAUGCAGCAUCAGGAGAAAGUGCCAGUGCCCGUUUAUACAGCGGUGGACAGGGACGUGUUUCUGCGAGAGAUUUAUCCAAAGCGCAGUCCCGCUGUGCUGAGGGGUGUGUCCCUAGGGUCUUGCGUCCACAAGUGGACCGUGGAUUACCUUACAGAGAACGGCGGUGACAAAGAAGUUAAGGUGCAUGUGUCCGCUGUACCACAGAUGGACUUCCUCCACAAGAAUUUUCUGUACAGGACCCUGCCAUUUAGUGAAUUUGUUCAGAGAGCUGCAGAAACCAAGCACUCCAAUUUCUUCAUAUCUGAGGAGGAGAGUUAUUACUUGCGCUCGCUGGGAGAUGACUCACGCAGGGAGCCUGCUGACCUGAGGAAGCAGUUUCCAGGCCUAUCGGAGGACUUCCAUAUCCCAGAGUUCUUUGAGCCGGAGCAGUUUUUCUCCUGUGUGUUUCGAAUCAGCUCCCGUGGCCUGCAGCUGUGGACGCACUAUGAUGUGAUGGAUAACCUGCUGGCCCAGGUGAGCGGGAGGAAGCGGGUAGUUCUCUACAGCCCCCGUGAUGCACAGUAUCUGUAUCUGACAGGUGACAAGUCGGAGGUUCUGGACAUUGACACCCCUGAUCUUGAGCAAUACCCGGAAUUUGUGAAGGCCAGGCGGUACGAGUGCGUGCUGGAGCCAGGGGACCUGCUCUUUAUCCCCGCUCUGUGGUUCCACAACACCCUGGCUCUGCAGUUUGGGAUUGGCGUUAAUGUGUUCUGGCGCCACCUGCAGGCUGAAAGCUAUGACAAGAAGGAUCCUUAUGGGAACAAGGACCCUGUGGCUGCUGCCCGAGCCAUGCAGGUGCUGGAGCGGGCACUACAGGCCCUGAAAGAGCUGCCACCGGACUACCGGGACUUUUACGCUCGCCGCAUGGUUAUGCGUAUCCAGAGCUGUGCCUACUCUCUGCAGCCAGAGGGGGCAGUGCAGGAAUGCAGACCCUCACACUCUUUAACUGAAAGCCAAUCAGAGGCUUCACUUCCCAGCAGCCCGUUCUCUCACCCGGAUUAA